AUGAUGGAGAGAGCCAGUCACAUUAACAUUGCCAUGAUAGAAGAUGUUGGCGUUAAUGGCGGGGCCAAGUCAAAGGUCAUCACAACCAUGGACAAGCAGCUGUGCGGCUCGACUGUGAGCUUCCACAACAUCCAGUACAAAGUGGAGCUUAAGACCGGGCUACUGUGCCAAAGGAAGACCACUCCACGGGAGAUACUGGUAGACCUCAAUGGAAUCAUGAAACCUGGCCUAAAUGCUAUUCUUGGACCCACUGGAAGUGGAAAGUCAUCCUUCUUGGAUGUUCUUGCUGCAAGAAAGGACCCAUCAGGUCUCUCAGGAGAGGUUCUCAUUGAUGGAGCUCCACAGCCUCCAAACUUCAAGUGCCUCUCUGGCUAUGUGACUCAGGAUGAUGUGGUGAUGGGCACUCUUACGGUGAGGGAAAAUCUUCGUUUUUCUGCAGCGCUCCGCCUUCCCAGCUCGGUGGCCCAGAGAGAGAAGGAAGCUCGUGUCAAUCACCUCAUCAAGGAACUGGGCCUCACGAAAGUGGCUGAUUCAAAGGUGGGGACCCAGAUGAUCCGGGGGAUAUCUGGAGGGGAGAGGAAGAGGACCAUUAUUGGUAUGGAGCUGAUAAUUGACCCCUCUGUUCUCUUCCUGGAUGAGCCUACCACAGGACUCGAUGCUAGCACUGCUAACUCCGUGCUUCUGCUGCUUAAAAGAAUGGCCAGUCAUGGACGCACCAUCAUUAUGUCUAUCCACCAACCACGCUACUCCAUUUACAGACUUUUCGACACUCUUACCUUGCUGGUCAGUGGCAAAAUGGUGUACCAUGGCCCAGCUAUGAAUGCUUUGGACUACUUCGCUGACAAUGGAUUUGCCUGUGAGCCCCACAACAACCCAGCAGAUUUUUUUCUGGAUGUCAUCAAUGGAGAGUCUACUGCCAUAGCUAUGAACAAGAUGCAGGACCCUGAAGGAAUAGACUUUGAGGAACCAAGUAUCUCUAGGCAGAAUAUCGAAGAGCGCCUGGUUGAGGAGUACAGAAACAGCAGCUACUCCAGGAACACACAGGCUGAGCUGGAGCGCAUCUCCCAGGGCAAAGAGGACAUCAUCCAGACCGAGUCCCGCACCAUCACGUAUAACAGCUCCUUCUUCCACCAACUCCAUUGGGUGCUUAAGAGAACUUUUCAGAACCUCGCACUCAACCCACAAACCUCCGUAGCCCAGCUGGGUGUCACCAUUUUUCUGGCCCUCAUUGUGGGUGCCAUUUUCUUUGGUGUUAAAGAUGAUCCAAGUGGUAUCCAGAACAGGAUGGGUGCUCUGUUCUUCAUCACUACCAACCAGUGUUUCAGCACCGUAUCUGCUGCUGAACUUUUCAUCGCUGAGAGGAAGCUUUUUGUACAUGAGUACACCAGUGGCUACUACAGAGUCUCUGUCUACUUCCUGUCCAAGAUUCUGUCUGACAUCAUCACUCUGCGCACCAUCCCUUCCAUCAUCUUCAGCUGCAUUGUCUACUUCAUGAUUGGCUUGAAGUUCACAAUGACUGCCUUCUUCAUCUUCACGCUGACAGUUACCCUGGUCGCCUACACUGCCACAGCCAUGACCUUGGCCAUCUCGGCUGACCAGAGUGUGGUGGCUUUAGCCAACAUUUUUAUGACCAUCACUUUUGUCUUCAUGAUGAUCUUUUCAGGUUUACUAGUGAAUGUACCUAGUAUCAUGGAUUGGCUGGCCUGGCUUAAAUACCUCAGUAUUCCUCGAUAUGGGCUUGCAGCCCUGAAAAUCAAUGAGUUUGUGGGAUUGAAGUUUUGUGACGAGUCUGUGGUCCAGAACAUUACCACGUCAAACGCAACAGCCGACUGCAUUGUAAGCACAGCUGGUGUGAUAUGUACAGGGGAACAAUAUCUGGACUACCUGGGAAUAGAGUAUACAACCUGGGGCCUGUGGGAGAAUCAUGUGGCCUUGACUGUCAUGGCGCUCAUAUUUCUCACCAUUGCCUACCUGAAACUUCGCUUUAUCAAGAAAUUCACUUAGAGGUGUUAUUCAUUUGUUCACAUCUUUUUUUUGUUCUCUUCCAACAUAAAAGGUCAUUACUUUGAUUUCAUCCAAACAUCUGCCUGUGGUGCCUACAGUUAGCACUUAUAUAGACCGAUAUUCUGUGCUGGCAAAUCUGGACGUGAACUAGCAUAAUAUGGGUAUUCAUAUGGAGUCUUUUUCUUGAAAUAUUUUUAUAUUCCCUUUUUAUUAUGCUUAUUUAUAUGUACUAAAGCUUGUCAAAUCAACUAUGACUCUAUGCCUUAUUUUUUAACAGUAAUGUAGCCAAGAGCUCCUAGCUUUGUAUUUGCACUGAUU